GAUAAGAUUACCUUUACAGUCAAUUUAUUAGGUUUCACUGCAAGACAAGUGGAAAGUCCAUCGUGUUCAAUAAAUAAGUAACGAAAAUGUCUUCAAUUAAGCUAUAUUAUUAUCCUGCAAGUGGCCCAGCCAGAAUAGCAUUGAUGGCUGCAAGACUAGUCGGUGUACCCUUACAAAUAGAAAUUGUGGAUUUAAUGAAAAGAGAGCAAUUUAGUGAGGCUUAUUUGAAGAUAAACCCACAACACUGUGUACCCACCCUUGAUGACGAUGGUUUUAUACUUUCGGAGAGUCGGGCAAUAGCUUGUUAUUUGGCGGAUAAAUACGGAACUGAUGACUCAAUUUAUCCUAAAGACAUUAAAAAGCGAGCUAUUGUAAAUCAACGAAUGUAUUUUGAUUGUUCGACUUUGCUUGUGAAAAUGCGAGCUAUAUGUCAUCCUAUAAUAUUUAAUAUUGAAAAUGAAAUAAAAGAGAAUUUGCGAGAUGACUUUAAUGCAUCUUUGUCGGUUUUGGACAAGUAUUUGGAGAACAACGAAUGGGUUGCCGGUGAACAUGUAACUAUAGCGGACACAACGAUCUUUGCCUCCAUGUCUGGAAUAUUUGCAGCGGGUUGGGAUUUAUCGUAUUUUCCGAAUAUCCAACGGUGGCUUAAAAACUGCUCUAAUUUACCUGGUUAUGAAGAGAUUAAAGAAGGAGCAAAAAUCUAUGGAGAUCUUGUGAAGAAAAAUUUGAAGCAGUGAAGUUUUUCGCUAUUAUAACAAA